AUGUCCGAUGAGUAUCAGCAUGUAAGCAAAAGCAAACUGAAACUGAAGAAUGAUUCCGAUACGAAGAAAAAACACAAGAAAAAGGACAAGCAAAAGCAGAAGGACAAAAUGAUUCGCGCUGUGCUGGAAAACCCUGGUGAGGGGACUAGUGAGGAACGCAAGCAACAAGCGCAGAGUAACACACCUGUGGGACGCACCCUGACGAAAGCGGAGGAAUCGUUUAAAAAGAUGCAAGAAAAAAUGCAAAACAAACGUAUCGUGGAGAAGGCGCAGAUGACUCACAAACAACGCGUGGAACAGUUUAACAUGCAUCUGGACAGUCUGACGGAGCAUUUCGAUAUACCUAAAGUUUCGUGGACAAAAUAG